UGUUAUUGAUCAGCAGGGCUUUGGAUCAGUUUUUUUUUUUUUUAUUGUCCUCAAAAUUUUGUAACAUGCUUCUUCAAGGUUCCAAAAUUGUAACAUCUGCCAGACAGGUGUUGUGCAGAAAUAUAACGAAACGAUAUUCGCAUUGCGAACGGAAGGUAAAAGUAAAUGAUAUUGAUAUUAACAUUGUGGAGAGCGGGAAGGGAGACAAAAAUGUUUUACUUCUACCAGGUGCUCUGGGAUCCAGUUGGACUGAUUUUAAGCCUCAAAUAGAGCAGUUGCCAAGAUUAUUACCAAACCAUACUAUAAUCGCCUGGGAUCCACCAGGAUAUGGAAAAUCUAUUCCACCAAAAAGACAAUGGGGGUUGGACUUUUUCCAAAACGACGCACUAUGCGCAGUAAAUCUUAUGAAGACUUUAAAUAGACCAAAAUUCUCAAUUGUUGGUUGGAGUGAUGGUGGAAUAACUGGUUUAAUUGCAGCCGGUCGUUAUAGAGAAAAUAUAGAGAAAUUAGUUAUUUGGGGAGCAGGUGCAUACUUGAAUGCUGACGAAGUUAAGGCCUUGGAAAAUAUACGAGACGUAAAUAAGUGGUCACCACGAAUGCGCCAACCAAUGGAAGAAGUCUACGGGGCCGAAAGAUUUGCGGAACUUUGGUCCGAAUGGGUAGAUGCUGUUGUACUGUUUCACACUAAACGCGACGGAGAUUUUUGUAAAAAAGAAGUAACAUUGUUAAAUGCACCUACCUUUAUUUUACAUGGUAAAAAAGAUCCAAUGAUUGCAGCAGAACAUAUUCCAUAUUUAAGAGAACAUAUACAAGGAGCCAAAUACUAUGAAUUUGCAGAUGGCAAACACAAUAUUCAUUUGAAAUAUGCUGAAGAAUUUAAUAAAAAGGUUGCUGAUUUUAUAUUAGGGAAUUUAUAAACCAUUUAGAAAUUUUAUAAAAUCCUACAGAUUGCAAUGCCACAACAACACUUUAUUUUUGCAAUCGAUUUUACCAUUUUUGUAGAUACAUAUUAUGCAAAUAAAAUUUCAUUUAAAAACAUAAUAGUAAAAAUAUAAACAAAAUAUUUUACAGUGGGUGAUGAUGUUUAUGAAAAAGUUUAUUAUUUAAUCCAAAA